GAACAAGGUUUCCGAAAAUGAUGACAACGGUUCAUCUUCCUCUGAUAACUACCAGUCUCUCAAAAGCUCCAGCUAUCAUCACAUCGAUUCGAAGCUUUCAAACUAAUCUAAUCAUCCACUCCACUUCCAUACGAAGUUGCACAGUUUCUCCAUUCAAGCUUUGUUGCAUCCAAAAGGAUAGCAAUCGCAAAGCAUCUCAGUUGUAUGAAGGGGUGUCAACUGUAACUUGUGGCAGGRUUUUUCAAUCUUGAAAACAGACUUCAAUUGUGAUGGUGGAACCACGUGGAGCACUAUGGGUUUUUAUGUGUUUAGCUUGCACAUUCCUCUUAGUUUUGGAGGACUAUCUGUUGUUGCACAAUUACUGCAUCAAACUGCUCUUGAUCCAGAGACUCAGGUAUURUCAUUGCUUCUGUUACAAACUUUAGAGCUUGUUGCAUUUAUUUUGCUGCUGCGAUUCUCUGAGAAGCCAUUCAACAUUCUUAGCUUCUUUGAAGUAAGAGUGUUGCCCAAGGAAAGGAACUGGUUACUGGCAUCUGUGCUUGGUCUUUGUUUUCUUCUUGCGUUGGUCUUCYUCACAUCGCUUGUAGCUGACAAGUUAAUUGGGCCCAAGGACGUUAACAACCCUAUUUUGAAAGAAAUUCUUUCGGGUGGGCCCCUCUCGGUCAUCGGAUCCACCCUUGUUUACUGCUUCGUGACACCGCUUCUGGAGGAAACUGUUUACAGAGGGUUCCUAUUGACAUCUCUUGCUUCAAAAAUGGAAUGGCAGAAAGCAGUUGUGGUAAGUUCUGUUGUUUUCAGUGCAACUUAUUUAUCUAUUGACAAUUUCCUACAACUAUGUGUUAUUGGGGUUGUCCUUGGAUGCUCUUAUUGUUGGACUGGCACAUUGAUCUCUCCUUUUAUCAUUCACUCACUAUACAAUGCCCUCAUUUUAGUUAUCACUUUUACAUCUUAAUAUUACUUUUCCCCCUUUUUGAU